AACCUUCCAAGUUCAGAAAAGUAAAUAUUUCUUCUAUUAAAUAUCUACAAAACGAAACAUCUCAAAUUGAACAUUGAACCAAAGUUUAAAAUUUGUCAACAAUACAAAUUUAGAAACAAUAUUGUGAUAUUAAAACUCGCCUUCAAUCAUAUUCGAAUAUAUACUAAUAAAAAUAGUAAUUUAAUUCACAAAGUUGUAAUGAAUAGCUCAUCGGUGAGAUAUACAUACAAAAGGAAACCGAACGAAGUGCAAAUGGCUCGUGGACGUCUUAAGAAUGCACUCCACGAUUUGGUCAUAAACAGCGAAGACGAGGAAACAAUCUUGCCAGAUGUGCCGGACAAAGAAAAGCAUCGUGGGCGACCUAAGAAAUUUAAAACCGAACCAGAAGAUGCUGAUGAAGUUUCUGCAAGUUCAAGCUACCCCGAUCAGCACCAAAAUCAAAUUCACGAAAGUUUUGUUAUGAAGUUAUUCGACAGGAGCUUGGAUUUGUCAAAAUACGACGAGAGCACUCCCUUAUACCCGAUUUGUCGUGCUUGGAUGGAUAAUACUCCUCGGUCGACUACAAUCAAGAGUUAUAGAAGCCGAAGAUCACCUGACCCUGAGAUUCGAGAAAAUGAUGGAGGGGAGGUAUUGGAAAAGCUCCAGAAUCGGGAAUUGGAUGAAAUAACAGCAAUGCCCGCACCACUGAGUACAGAUCUACCAAGAAUUCCUUCUUCCUUGUUAGAUGAUGAAGAUGAUGCCGCUAGAAAAAAGACUGAGUUAAGCUUGAAAGGUGCUUCCAAGGCACAGUUGUUAGCUGCACAUAAACAAAAGUGGAAGAAAGUCCGUGAACAGUGGGUGAAUCAUACGAAAAGUUAUCAAGAACAAAAAUACGAACUCAAUUUUCAAAUUAUUGAUGCAUUGUACAAAUGUUGAUUAAUACUAUAUACCUAUUAAAUAUAAAAAGAUACUACAGACAUGCCAAUUUUGUAGACAAUUA